AUCGGUACUUCCGGACUCAACCAAACCGGAAACUGCCCGCUUACUGCUCUUGUCUACGCUGUUGCACAUCUGUAGGAAAUUUAUCCGGCAAAAUGUCUGGUUCAUCAAACAUCGUUGCAAUGAAGAAAGUAGUUCAGCAGUUGCGAUUUGAAGCGAACAUAAACAGAGUAAAGGUUUCUCAGGCAGCUGCUGAGCUUCAGCAAUUUUGCAUUCAAAACGCCUUACAAGAUCCUUUGUUGACUGGUGUGUCUUCAAGCACCAACCCUUUCAGGACACAGAAGGUUUGCUCCUUCUUGUGAGGGUCUGUGAUGACCUGCUGCCAUUGGCUUUUUCCUAUUCCUGUGACUUUUCAGCUGGGGAAAAGAAAACCACUGCCAUGAUGUGUGAUAAAAACAGCAACAGCGUGUCCAUUUGUCAAUCAAUACCUCAUGCCAUAAACGCAGAAACAAGAACUGAAUGCAUUUGGCCUUUAUUUCAGUUAUGGUGUGUUUUCCUUUCAAAUAUUCCAUUUUGAAAAAUGUUUAUCUUUUUUUGUGUUUGUAUCUUAUAUUUGAUUAUCCCUUUGACAAGCCUAUUCUCAGUUUUAUGUUUGAAGACCUCAAACUGAAACGUCUGCCUUAAGAAGCGGUGAAUGCUCCAGUUUUGUGGAGGGAAGGCUUUUGUAUUUUAUCUGGCAAAACUUAGUAAUUUAUUGUGCCUUUUUUAACAUUGUAAUCUAUUUCUAUCGUCUCUGCCUUAGGCUUUUUAUAACCCAAAAUAAAUCUACUCAUUUCUA